UAUAUAUCAGCUGCAUUGGCAUCAGCUGUCAUUAUUUACUACGAUCUCAUUUCAUUCGUUUGCCGGUCGGAAAGGAAGUUAUUAAAAGUUAAUUGAAAAGUUUGCUGCAGGAGUGGGCGGCUUACCUGGUUUGAUGACGUAUAGCAAGUGCUUUUUGAACUACAAAAGUCAUUAACAUUUGAGUUGUAAAAUCGAUUGCUGGCAGAAAAGUAAUAUGUUGACCAAAGUCUCAUUUACUUUCCUGAUAGCACUGCUACUGAUUGCGGCUUCACUGGUUGAGGCAACCAUAUCACCAAGAAAAGGACGUGUUGAAAAAACCAAAAUAACUAAACCGUUAAAUGUGCUGGCUGGACCACAAGAUGAAUCUGUUUUCGAACGUAAUUUGAUUAAUAUGCGUCCGCUUCCACAAGAAAUUCUAGAACACAAUGCAGCAUUUUAUAAGGAUACAACGCUCCGUAACUUCAAUGGUACCGUGCUUGGUUAUGUUACAGCGUGGAAUUCACAUGGAUAUGAUGUGGCAAAAUUGUUUGCGCGAAAAUUCGAUAUUAUAUCACCGGUUUGGUUUCAAAUUGUCAAAGAUGGCGAUGAAUAUAAAUUAGCAGGAGGACAUGAUGUUGAUCUGAAUUGGAUGAGGGAAUUGAGGCGAAAAGGAAAGCGAGAACGUGCUACCACUCUGAAAAUUUUUCCACGUUUCAUAUUUGAUAAAUUCACUGAACGGGACUUUUCACGUUUGUUGAGCUUGGAAACUGAACGGGUGCGACUGAAUGAAAUGUUGGUUAAUGUUUGCAAAAACUAUGAAUUUGAUGGCAUCGUCAUUGAAUUCUGGACACAACUUGGAGGACGUGUAGAUGAUACUUUUCUCAUUACGCUGGUGCAACAAAUGAGCGAAGCACUUAAAAAAGAAAAUAUGCGUUUAAUUCUUGUGAUACCGCCACAUCGCCAAGAAGUUCCAAACUUAUUCACAGAGAAGCACGUCAACCAACUUUAUAAACAUGUUUACGCCUUUUCACUAAUGACCUACGAUUAUUCGAAUCCACAGCGACCAGGUGCAAACUCUCCAUUGUAUUGGGUACGUCAGUCAGUAGAACUUUUAGCACCAUCUACAACAAAUGAUGUUAAGACAAAGCGGCGUAAACUUUUAUUAGGUCUUAAUAUGUAUGGCAAUGAUUAUACUCCAGACGGUGGUGGGCCAAUAGUUGCGGGGCAGUAUCUAAAGCUUUUGAAAUAUGCAAAGAAGCGCUUACCCUUUGACGAAUUGGAUGUGGAAAACUACUUCGAAGUGAAAACCGAUGAUGGCAGACACAUGGUUUUCUAUCCGACACUUCAUUCCGUUCACGAACGUAUAAAACUUGCUCAAGAAUUGGGCACUGGCAUAUCGAUUUGGGAGUUGGGCCAAGGAUUAGACUAUUUUUAUGAUCUCUUUUAAUGCUGUUUUUAAAAUAAUUGAGAAUUCUUAAGCAAUAUUUUAUUUGGUAAGUAAGUUUUUGUAUUUUAUCACAAAUGCAGAAUUAAGUGAAUUGUAACUGAACAUUCCAAAAACUACUUGAAAGCGCACGCGAAACGAAAGUAGUAUAUAAAUGAGUAAAUUUAAAGAACGCUUCGAAA